UUCUCAUAAUUCUUCAAUUUUUUUUUUUAUUAUUUUUAAUAAAUAAGUGCAUAGUUUGAAAACAUAAAUGUACAAAAUGAGACUAAGGUUUGUUUUGAGACAUUACAAAUUUUUAACUGAUCUAUAUAUUUUAAAAAAUAUUAAUUUUGAAUUUCAAGAACUUCCUGCUCGAAUAUUACUUUUGUUUCACGAGUUAUAUUGAACUUAAUACAGAUAGGUACGUUCACAAAACAAUUAAUAACAGUGUCGGGUUUGUAAGUGAAGUAGAGAUUUAGAUUAGAUUAAGAUAAAGUUAAGCUUUAGGUUAAAUUUGAAAGGUUUUCGAAACUUAAAAACUGGUAUUUUUAGAUUCUACUCUUCGACUACGAGAAGCUCAGUAUCAGAAAAUUAGAUAUCAGUAAAAAAUUUUUCGUGGUCUAGAAUGCAGUUCAACUCAAAAUGAAAAUACGUACAUUAUUUCGAUAUCUUUACGAACAAUACUGAAUUUAACAUUGAGUAUUAAUAAUAUAUCAUUGAUAUAAUCAGAUAUUAAAAGGCAUAUUAAAUUUUAAGACUUAAAUCUUUUUCCUCUCUCUCUCUCUCUCUCUCUCUCUCUCUCUCUCUCUCUCUCCCUGUUCCAAAAAAUGAAUUAAUUAGAAAGUUUAUUAUUCGUAUAUAACAUACUCUCAACUGCUCUCAUACAUAUGAUUCGAUAUUGAAAUACAUUCUUAUUUACAUCUUUUCCGAAAAAAUGUAUAUAAUAAAGUAAAAGUGUAUAAACAACCGUUUGCGUAUAACAUUACUUACGCAAUGUAUAUGUUUCUUAAUUAAAUGUUACGUAGAUUAGUCCUUGAUUAGUUCAUUUACUCAUUUCUUGAGUAAUAUUACAUUUGCGGCCAAUACAUAGAAAAAAAUCGACAGAUAACCGAUUUGAUAGAUCGAAUAUUACUAUGAAGUCGAAUAUCGUCGAAUCGAUUAUUUCGAUUAAUCGAUCAUUCAGAAGAAGGCAGUAAGAGAGUAGUGUGCAGUGGUUCAUAUAAGUGUUGUACAUUUUUGAGCAAAGGACAAAUUAAAACAAGGUUAUAGUGGAGAUGACUCCCUCUUUCUCGUAGAACGAUGUUGACCAUACGGUGACGAGGCCAGCCAGAUCGGCGGAAAACUACGUCACCAGUGACGGAUUCCCCCGAAACUGGGACAAAGUGCAGUGUACUCUGGCAUUGCGCUUUGCCGGAAUCUCUCUCACUUCAUGUCCUAGUACCCCCCCCCUUUUUCCCCUUUCUCUCUCUCUCUUACUCUCAGGAUUGACCAAUCGUCUCGUCAUCCUCGAAUCCUCGAUCGAAACUGACAGGUAAUCAACGACGAAUGGUGCAGGUUCAACAAUACAGUUUCUGGAGGGUUCAGUAUCAUGUCAGAUGGGGUUGAUGCUGGUGGCGGGGAAAACGAGGUAGAUUCCCAUUCCUGUUCGCACGCCGAUGUUGGAGAAUCAUCAAAUCCGAGAGAUGAGGAGAAUUUGGAUCCAGAUAAUGAAGCUGCCUUAAAUACUAAUUACGAUAGUGGUGAUGGUGCUGUACCAGCUUUUAGGUGUGAAAGGUGUGAGAACUAUGAAACUAUAAAUAAGACAGCAUUCUGCGCUCAUCAGGAUCAAUGUUUGGCUAAUGCUGAGCCAGGAGAAAGCACAGAGAAUAUAGAAGCUACUGAAAAUGAUGGAGAUGGAGAAGAAACACAUCCUGGAAUUCGUUCUCAUAGGAAAAUGUUUGAAUGUGAUGUUUGCAAUAUGCAGUUUUCCAAUGGAGCUAACAUGAGACGGCAUAAGAUGAGACACACUGGUGUGAAACCAUAUGAAUGUCGUGUAUGCCAGAAAAGAUUUUUUCGGAAGGAUCACUUGGCAGAACAUUUUACAACACACUCUAAGACUCUGCCUUAUCAUUGUCCAAUUUGCAACCGAGGUUUUCAACGACAAAUUGCUAUGAGAGCUCAUUUUCAAAAUGAACAUGUCGGCCAACAUGAUAUGGUCAAGUCUUGUCCUUUGUGCAAUUAUCGUGCAGCAACUAUGAAGUGCCUCAGGUUACAUUUUUUUAAUAGACAUGGAAUUGAUCUAGAUAAUCCAGGACCAAACAGUUCAAGUUCAUUGAUGAAUAGCUGUGCUCCAGGUGAAGCUAUGCCUUCUGCUCCUCUUUCCGAUAGUGGAGACAGUACUGGAAAUCGUUCCGCGGAUAAUGCAACACCGCCAAUGCACUUUCUAACACCUCACAUAGAAAUAUCAAUUCCUUAUCCAGAACAAACUACAAAUCAACGAAAUCCGAGUCCUGCUCCUUUAAAUGGAGAUAGCCCGAAUAGUCCUCAAAGUGCAGACAGUAAUAGCAAUGCUCCAAGUAGUAGUCACCACCAGUUACCAAUUAACAGUAGUGGCAUUCACAGGAAUCUUGGUGGAAGUGAAGAGGCAAUUACACCUUCUAUUUCAUUAAUUCCUAUUAAGCAAGAACCAAACAGUAAUGGAGCGGAAGAAAAUGGAGCAACAUCCAGCAAUCUUCCAUUACCAUCUUUGAUAAAGGUCUCACCAUUAAAAUCCCUUCUUCGAGACGACUUACGACGUAAACUUUCAUCUGGCUCAGGAAAUAAUAACAAUAACAACAAUAAUAAUAAUGGUAAUAAUAGUUCAAAUUCAAAUCCCCAUUCAAGAGGAGAACCUCCUAGUUCGACAAGGCCCGAUCAACGAAGUAGUGGACUUCAAUGCGCUCACUGUAGGAUUACCUUUCCUGAUCAAACAUUAUAUUUUCUUCACAAAGGUUGUCAUAGUGAAAGCAAUCCUUGGAAAUGCAAUAUUUGUGGAGAACAAUGUUGCAACUUAUAUCAAUUUAAUUCGCAUUUAUUAAGCAAAAGUCAUCAAUAAUUUUAUUGAAAGAAUAAUAUUCUUUUAAGAGCUCUUAGAACCUCGUUUAUUUAAAUAGCUAUUAUAUAAUAUAAAUUACUUUACUAUAAUUUAUAUGAACAGAAUCAUAAUCUUGAAUUAAAAAGAAUUGUUUUCUGCUAUAAAGCAUAUGUAUUACAAUGUUCCAACUUAAUAUUUUUAUUUAUUUUAAUAUCUACAUAUGCAGAUAUUGAUUAACUAGAAAUCAAGUAAACGAGGUUCAAGAAAUAAUUUUGCAAUCUGGAAAAAGUCGUGCCUUCAUCAAAAUACCUUUGCCAACGCUCACAUUCGUCCGAAACGUGCUAAUUUGUGAUGGUACGAAUGAUCCGUCCAUGGAGCUUUACUAAAACGUAUUCCAGAAGCUCUAUUGAUAGUUUUAAACAUAGUUAUGUAUAUUUAGAUAGAAAAAAACAGUGACUAUAUUACCAAAAUGUGCUCUUUUUUUUCUAUUCAAAUUCUUUUUACGCACUGUUUUCUGUUUGGUUUUUUUUGUAAAAUUAUUUGUUAAAUUUUAUUAAUUUUAUAUUUAUGUAAUGUGUCCUUAUACAUAAUUUUACUUAGUUUUAUUAUAGAAAGGAUUUUAUGAUCAUUACAAAAUGUUGUUACUUUGGUUCUUUGUAUGAAGAAAGGAAUCACGAAUAAUUAAGGAAAAUUACUUACAAACUAAAUUUCGGUUGUCAAUUUAUUAUUAUGGUGUGAAGAAAGAACCGAGCCGUGUGUUACAUAUAAAUACAGAUAUAUAAAUAAGAAAAGGAUAUGACAACUAAAAUAUUGUGUCAGCAUAAGAAAUAUUUUAUAUAAAAAUAUUUGUACAGAAAAGUAUUAAAGUAUAAAAAAGGUAUGCAAAUAAGAAAGUCGAGAUAUCAUAUUUCAGAAAUUGAUAUGAAUAUCAGAAUAAAAAUUAUUAUGUAGUUGUUAAAGUUAAAUUUUACUUUAAUUUUAUUUUAAAAUGAAAAUUAAAUAUUUAUUUCAAUAUAAAUAACUACAAAAAAGUUUAUUUCAUUAAUAGUUGCGAAAUAUGAUUUCGAGACCUCAAUAAGUGUUUUGUGUACGUGUGUGUGUAUGUACGUUUAAUACAGAAUAUUCAAUUUAUGUGCAUAAAUUUGUGUUAUUAUACUAUGUUAUGUAAUAUACAAAAAUUUCGAAUCACAGUUAUUAAAAAUUUAUACUGAAAUAUUAUAGAUAGUUUCAGAAAAUAAAAGUAACAAAUUACAAUAGAAUGUGUAAUUAAAUUGGGUACAUAUUCUCUGUACAUAUUCUAUAUUAAACAAGUACAUUAAGCGCCAUACGCACGAUUACUGUUAUCAAUGGUUGUAGUUAUUUAAAGAUCGUUCCGUAAAUUGCGUAAUAUUUAAUAUAAUUACUACUAUUACUAUGUUAUUACCAUGAUUAUGUUAUUAUUAUUAUUAUCAUUAUUGUAUUAUUUAUCGAUACGUAAGUUAUUUAUUGUUACUUUGCAUUCCAAUAUAUUAAGUUUUAAAUAUGCCUCAAGCUUGACGAUGCUUCUUUAUUUCAAAAUUUAUUAUUUUUCGUAUUUUCCUACUAUAUAUCAAAGUUUUAUUGUUAUAUUUUUGAAAUAAUGAAGCUUUUCCAAUUAAUUAUUUUGUUAACAAAAUUUUAAAUUAUCUAAAUUCAUAAAAAAAUGUAAAAUAUUUUUAUUAUAAGAUAUUUUACAUUGAUCAUGGUGUAUCAUGUGUUACAUGAUGUGUUUUUUGAUACAAAACAAUAUCUUUUAGCGCUAAAAGUAAACAUUAAUGAAUAUAUAAAUGAUUAUUAUAUUUAAUAUCUUAAAUAAAUAUUACAUAACUUUUCUUAAGAAAAAGAAUUUUAAAUUAGCAUCGUCAAUGUAAAAAUUUCUUAAAUAUCUUUCUAUAACAGACUGCGUGUUCAUCAUAUUCUUGCUCGAUCAUACAAAAAUGAAAUACAGAAAAUAUUUCUUAUUAAAUUAUUUUGUCUUUAAAAGAUAAAGAAAGCAAAAGAGCUUGUGAGCAAAUAAUGUUUUUAAUGAUAACUAUAUUCGUCAAAAUGUAAUUAAGAAAAAAAACAAAAGCAGUACAUAUUCAAUUAUGUAAUAAAUUGUUCUCUAUCUUAGUGUGCUAGAAUUAAAUUUAUUUUGAAAAUAAUAAUGAAUUAAUGCUCCAUAAAUUAUAAGAAAGGGGCAGUAUUAAUUAGAUUAUUUUAUAUAUACCCGUUAUAUAUAGAUUUUUAUCAUCCUGUUUAAAACUAAUUGAUUUCUUAACGGUCUAAAUUGUGUGUCUACAGAAAAUAAUAUUUCUUACAGUGGAAUUUUUUAAAGAGAACUAUCAUUUUUUAAUUCAAUGUAUCAAAGUUAACUGUUAUUUCAUUAUCAUAAAUUAUUGAAUUAUUAAGAUAUCUGACAAAAUAGUAAGAUAAGAAUAUAUAUGAAUCUUUCAUAUUUGAUAUGCGUUUCACUGUAUUUCAAGUAAUAUUUCAAUUUGCAUCUUAAAAUUUGCUGUGAGCUAUUUUUUAUUUUCUUGCUAUAUUAAUGUGAGAAGCUGUUAAGAUUUAAAAAUUAAUAUAUUAUAUCAACACACGCGAAGAAUUUACAUAUGAACAUAUAUUUCCAUUUUAUUUUAUCUUGUGAUUGUUCAUCUUUAUUUCAAUAAUUAAUUAAUUAGUUAAACUAAAUUUAAUUAAAUCUAAUAUUACCAUAAUAACUUUAAUUGAUUUAGGUUCUACUUCCACAAAUGUAAAAUUACUGAUGUUUCUGUAAUAAUCUAGAAAAAUUUUUAGAAAUUCUUAAAGUACAUAUAGAUGUAAUUAGAUAAAUACAAUCGGAUAGGUACAAUUUUUAAUUAUGAUUUAAAUAGUCUCUACUAUUUACAUGCCCAAACUGAUUUACUUUACGUUUAUUUUGUACAAAAGUUAAUUUGAUUUGUAGCAAAAAUAUUAUAUAUUUAAUAUUAUAUUAUUACUUAAAACAAUUCUUAUUUCAAAUAACAAGUUAAAAAAAUAAUAAUUGAAAAUAAAAGUGGUUUUCAUAUAAAUAAUUUAAAAUGUUGCAUAUUAUAAAUCCAAAAUAUGUUACCUAACAUUGUACGUAGAAUAUUUAAACAUAAAGUAAGCAAAAUAGAUUUAACUGAAAAUGGACCAGAAGCAUCAAACUGUAUGCCUUUACACUGUGAUCGUGUUUAGGAAAAGUAUGUAAUAUUAAAAUUGUAUUCAAGUGGGGAGAUAUUUUCUUUAGCCUUGCAAAAAUAUGAUGAAUAUUGCAUAAAAAUACUUAAAACAUUA